GGCGUGGCUUAUUAAUACAUCUGCAGCCUGACUUGGAUUUGACUCAGAUUGUCGACAUAUAGGCUGUUUGUAAUCACAACCUCGCUUUUUUUUUUUUUUUUUAGUUUCAACAAACAAAAUGUGUCUUUUUUGCCUCCCUUUUCCCCCGAACCAGGCCGUCCUCGUCAACCGAACCCGGGCUGCUUCUCUUCUUGCCCUCGAAUGGACUGAGCUCAUACGCCGCUAAAUAACAGACCGGCCAUCGUGAUGGUGGAAUGACGAUGAUGAAGACACGAGGGUCAACCAUGUCGCCAAAUGUUUGGAAGUACGGCCUGGCCGUCCUAGCGCUGUUGGGCCUCGUCUUCCUGCUGCGCAACAUCAGCAUUUUGGAGAACUGGAACUGUAACACGGUAACAGCGCUGUCGCAGCUCCAGAACCACAUCCAAUCCUCUUUGUCUGGACCCGUCCCGGUCUUCCACCACAAUCGCUCCUUCUGUGCACAUCUGGGCCAGAAACCCUCGCUAGAAGAAGAGAUAGAGGAGCGCUACUUGUUGAGUUCCAUCGCCUGGCCCGGGCCGCCCUCCGACUCGGGACCGAUAGCCCUGCUGAGGACCAGCGACCCGGUCCACAGCCUCUUCUCCAUCCUCCCCCCUGAGAACGAGGGGCGGCGGUACGUCGGCGAGCAGCUAGAGAUCAUCGUCCAGAUGUACGACUUUAAGGGCCGGGCUAAAAGCUACGGUGGCGAUUUUCUUCUGGCUCGACUGCACUCGCCGGAGUGCAGGGCAGGCGUGGCCGGGGUGGUGCUGGACCACGAGAACGGAUUCUACUCCGUUCGAUUCCCGCUGCUGUGGGAAGGUUUGGCUCAGGUGGAGGUCACCAUGGUGCACCCGAGCGAGGCGGUCGCCGUGCUGCGGCGGCUGAGGGAGGAGCGAUCCGACAGAGUGUACUUUAACAGCUUCUACCGCCUAGGCCUUCGGUUUGAGACCACCAUAUGUAACCUGUGCCUGCCGCCCGACUGGGGACCUCUGUGCGACUACACAGACCCUCGCACUGGCGAGCCGUGGUACUGCUACAAACCGAAGAUGCUCGGCUGCCAUGCCAGGAUCAACCACGCCAAGGGAGGCUACCUCAAAAACCUCACAACAAACAAGGAAGCUCUGCUCUUUCAAAGUGGGGUCAACAUCAAAGUUCCCAUCCAGGCUUCGGGAAAGAACACGAUAAAGGUGCUGCCUUCAAGCACAGAAAGUGCCAUCAACCUGGAAGAGACAUCUGGGUAUUACUACCAAGACUCGUGGAGACCUUUAGGCACCGUCGCCAUGCGCCAGUUCGACUCGUCCGCCAUCACUCGGUGUUUGAGCAACAAGGUGGUGCACAUGUACGGCGACUCCACCGUCCGCCAAUGGUUUGAGUUCCUGGUGGAGGCGCUGCCAGACUUGAAGGAGUUCAACCUGCAGAGUCCUAAAAGGGUGGGACCCUACAUGGCGGUGGACAGCGGCCACAACAUUCUGGUGACGUACCGCUGCCACGGGCCGCCGAUACGCUUCACCACCGUCAUGGCCAGCGAGCUGCGCUACAUCUCCAACGAGCUGGACGGCUUGAGCGGGGGUCCCAGCACGGUGGUGGCCCUCAGCAUCUGGUCUCACUUCAGCACCUUCCCUGUGGAGGUGUACGUACGGCGCCUGCGCCACAUCCGCAAGGCUGUGGUGCGGCUUCUGGAUCGGGCGCCGGGGACAAUGGUGGUCAUCCGCUCGGCCAACCCCCAGGCCCUGGACCAGCAGGUGAGUCUGUACAACAGCGACUGGUUCUCCCUGCAGCUGGACGCCGUGCUGCGCGCCAUGUUUAAAGGCCUGGACGUCCUGCUGGUGGACGCCUGGCAGAUGAGCGUGGCGCACCGUCACCCUCACAUCCUCCACCCCUCGCCCGUCAUCGUCAAGAACAUGGUGGACCUCAUUUUGUCCUACGUGUGUCCCUAGAAAUACCAAAGAUGGCCAUGAUGGACGUGGGCCACCAUUUUGCUCUGGAGCUAAAAACUAUGACAUCACUGACAAGGAUGUACUCUUAGGAGAAAAGUCAUACCCAUAAAGUCAUUUUUACAACUAGUCGCAAUACCUGAGGAUAAAAAGUAGAAGCAUCCCUCGCCACAUUGCGCUUUCUUCAACAUUUUGGCCCUAAAUGAAGCAUUUCCAAGACUAAAACGCCUAAAUAAACUACAAAAAAAUCCAAACUACAGUUGUAUUGGCCACUUGAUGAGACCAAACCAAUCAGAUUACGCUGUUCAGUAUCGCACUGAUUGGCUCAGCCUCAAGCUGCAUUACUAUAUUGGAUUCAACAGUGUAAAUGUGAAGUGAAUUAUUUUUAUAUAGCGCUUUUUCUCUAGUGACUCAAAGCGCUUUACAUAGUGAAACCCAAUAUCUAAGUUACAUUUAAACCAGUGUGGGUGGCACUGGGAGCAGGUGCGUAAAGUGUCUUGCCCAAGGACACAACGGCAGUAACUAGGAUGGCGGAAGCGGGGAUCGAACCUGCAACCCUCAAAAUGCUGGCACAGCCACUCUACCAACCGAACUAUACCGCCCCAAAGUGACUAGAGGGUGUUAUUUCAUGUCUAGAAGAACUUAUUUAGAAGGUAGUUAAUGCAUUUUUUAGGAGAAAUUCCAUUUAUAAUUCAUAAUUCCUACUUUGCAGGAAUUAAUUUAUUGCUGUCAUGUCUGGAACCAAGAACAGCGAUAGAAGGGGCGAUUAGUGUACUUCGUUUUAGGAUUACAAUUUAAUUUACUCCUCCACGCAAAUGUUGUUGUUGUACAAGUUAGGGGAAUAAAAGCCUCAGACUUAUACAAGCGGAGAAUUUAUCCCAAAUGUUGCUGUUCCUCCAUUGAAAAGUACAACUUGAAGAAUUCAGAUUUUUUUCUGGCAGUAACAACUUUUUUGUUUUACAAUUAAAGUGUAAAGUUACAGGAAAUAGUUAACAUUUUUGACGAAAAUCCAUUAUUGGGAGGAUGAAGAUUUAGAAUGCUGAAAUAAAUUAGCCCGGUUUUGUUGAACAAUAGAUUAAUAAAGUAGUCAUUUUACGGAAAAAAUGUGAGCGAAUACGAGGUUAAAUGCAUAAAAAAGGCUGCUUAAGACGUAUUUAAAAGUACGAUUUCAAAGAAAAUUACAACUUCAUUUUUUUGAUAAUUCAACUUUUUUUAUGGAACAAUUAAGUAUCAAAACUGCCAUCCCUCCAUUUCCUACCGCUUAUUCCCUUUGGGGUCGCGGGGGGCGUUGGUGCCUAUCUCAGCUACAAUCGGGCGGAAGGCGGGGUACACCCUGGACAAGUCGCCACCUCAUUGGAGGCCCAAAACUGCCAUUUUACAAAAAAAAUUGCAAAAAAUAAACAUUAAAGAAGGAUGACUAUCACUAAUUGUAUUUGAUUAAAAAAAUUCAUAAAUUUGCGCAUUUGUCCAUUUAAAAGUAGAAUUAUGACUUUUAUUUUUCCGAUAAGAUUUCUGUUGUUGAAAUGGUUUGAAUAGUGUAUUAUGAUAAAUAUGUCAGGAUAUUGCGAGAAUAAAUGCAUAAAAGAAGCUGUUACUGAAAUUAAGGGGUACAAGAAAUGGUCGUUUAUUUAAAAGUUUUUGUUGAAUAACGUCUUUAUUCUUUCAAAGAUCCGACUUUUCUGUUGAACAAUAAAGUAUUAAGGAGGAAUUUUAUGAAAAAUGUUAUACAAAAUAAAAUUGCUGAUGUCAAGAUUUUUACUAACGUUUUUUUAAUUGAACAGUGAUGUAUCAAGCGGCCAUUUUAAGAAAAAUUUAGCAAAAAUAAAUAGAAAAAACCCGCUAUCACUAUUUUUAUUUGAAUUCAAUAGAACAUUUUAAAUGUCGAGAUUCGUUCAUUUUGAAAGAAAACUUGUUGAAUUCCAAAAAUUUUUUCUAUAAAUAUGGAAGUAGUGUCAAAGCGGUUUGAGUACCUUGAAGGUAGAAAAGCGCGAUACAAGUACAACCCAUUUAUCAUUUAUUAUGCGAUUAUUAGUUGUUUUUAAGGUGGUAGAGGAGUUUGCGUGUCCCAAUGAUCCUAGGAGCUAUGUUGUCCGGGGGCUUUAUGCCCCCUGGUAGGGUCUCCCUAGGCAAACAGGUUCUAGGUGAGGGAUCAGACAAAGAGCAGUUCGAAGACCUCUGUGAAGAAGACAAAACAUGGACCCAGAUUUCCCUCGCCCGGACGCGGGUCACCAACGCCCCCCUCUGGAGCCAGGCCCGGAGGUGGGGCACGAUGCCGAGCGGCUGGUGGCCGGGCCUGUUCCCAUGGGGCCCGGCCGGGCAAAGCCCGUAGAGGCAACGUGGGUCACCCCUCCAAUGGGCUCACCACCCAUAGCAGGGGCCAUAGAGGUCGGGUGCAAUGUGAGCUGGGGGCAGCCGAAGGUAGGGCACUUGGCGGUCCGAUCCUCGGCUACAGAAGCUAGCUCUUGGGACGUGGAAUGUCACCUCACUGGGGGGGAAAGAACCUGAGCUAGUGCGCAAGUGGAGAAGUUCCGGCUUUGAUAUAGUCUGACUCACUUCGACGCACAGAAAGGGCUCUGGAACCACUUCUCUCAAAGAGGGACUGGACCCUAUUCCACUCUGGCGUUGCCGGCAGUGAGAGGCGACGGGCUGGGGUGGCAAUUCUGGUUGCCCCCCGGCUUAAAGCCUGCACGUUGGAGUUCAACCCGGUGGACGAAAGGGUAGCCUCCCUCCGCCUUCGGGUGGGGGGACGGGUCCUGACUGUUUGUGCUUACGCACCAAACAGCAGUUAAGAGUACCCACCCUUUUUGGGUACACUCAAGGGAGUACUGGAAAGUGCUCCCCUGGGUGAUUCCCUUGUCCUACUGGGGGACUUCAACGCUCAUGUUGGCAACCACAGUGAAACCUGGAGAGGCGUGAUUGGGAAGAAUGGCCGCCCGGAUCUGAACCCGAGUGGUGUUUUGUUAUUGGACUUUUGUGCUCGUCACAGUUUGUCCAUUACAAACACCAUGUUUAAACAUAAGGGUGUCCAUAUGUGCACUUGGCACCAGGACACCCUAGGCCGCAAUUCCAUGAUCGACUUUGUAGUUGUGUCAUCGGAUUUGCAGCCUUAUGUUUUGGACACUCGGGUGAAGAGAGGGGCGGAGGUUUCUACCGAUCACCACCUGGUGGUGAGUUGGCUGCGAUGGUGGGGGAGGAUGCCGGACAGACCUGGCAGGCCCAAAAGCAUUGUGAAGGUCUGCUGGGAACGUCUGGCAGAGUCUCCUGUCAGAGAAAGUUUCAAUUCCCACCUCCGGAAGAACUUCGAACAUGGAGGUGCUGGACAUUGAGUCCGAGUGGACCAUGUUCUGCACCUUUAUUGUCCAGGCGGCUGAUCGGAGCUGUGGCCGCAAGGUAGUGGGUGCCUGACGGGGCGGCAAUCCUAAAACCCCUUGGUGGACACCAGCAGUGAGGGAUGCCGUCAAGCUGAAGGAGUCCCAUCGGUCCUUUUGGCUCAUAGGACUCCGGAGGCAGUGGACAGGUACCGACAGGCCAAGCGGUGUGCGGCUUCAGCGAUCGCGGAGGCAAAAACUCGGACAUGGGAGGAGUUCGGGGAAGCCAUGGAAAACGACUUCCGGACGGCUUCGAAGCGAUUCUGGACCACCGUCCGCCGCCUCAGGAAGGGGAAGCAGUGCACUAUCAACACCGUGUAUUGCGGAUGGUGUUCUGCUGACCUCAACUGCGGAUGUUGUGGAUAGGUGGAAGGAAUACUUCGAAGACCUCCUCAAUCCCACCAACACGUCUUCCUAUGAGGAAGCAGUGCCUGGGGAAUCUGUAGUGGACUCUCCUAUUUCUGGGGCUGAGGUCGCUGAGGUAGUUAAAAAGCUCCUCGGUGGCAAGGCCCCGGGGGUGGAUGAGACCCGCCCGGAGUUCCUCAAGGCUCUGGAUGCUGUAGGGCUGUCUUGGUUGACAAGACUCUGCAGCAUCGCGUGGACAUCGGGGGUGGUACCCCUGGAUUGGCGGACCGGGGUGGUGGUUCCUCUCUUGAAGAAGGGGGACCGGAGGGUGUGUUCCAACUAUCGUGGGAUCACACUCCUCAGCCUACCCGGUAAGGUUUAUUCAGGUGUACUUGAGAGGAGGCUACGCCGGAUAGUCGAACCUCGGAUUCAGGAGGAACAGUGUGGUUUUCGUCCUGGUUGUGGAACUGUGGCCCAUCUCUAUACUCUCGGCAGGGUUCUUGAGGGUGCAUGGGAGUUUGCCCAACCAGUCUACAUGUGCUUUGUGGACUUGGAGAAGGCAUUCGACCGUGCUCAGAGAGUAUGGGGUAUGGCACUGUCUUAUUGUGGCGGUUCGAUCCCUGUACGAUCAGUGCCAGAGCUUUGUCUGCAUUGCCGGCAGUAAGUCGAAAACAUUUCCAGUGAGGGUUGGACUCCGCCAUGGCUGUCCUUUGUCACCGAUUCUGUUCAUAACUUUUAUGGACAGAAUUUCUAGGCGCAGUCAAGGCGUUGAGGGGUUCCGGUUUGGUGACCGCAGGAUUAGGUCUCUGCUUUUUGCAGAUGAUGUGGUCCUGAUGGCUUCAUCUGACCGGGAUCUUCAGCUCUCACUGGAUCGGUUUGCAGCCGAGUGUGAAGCGACUGGAAUGAGAAUCAGCACCUCCAAGUCCGAGUCCAUGGUUCUCGCCCGGAAAAGGGUGGAAUGUCAUCUCCGGGUUGGGGAGGAGACCCUGUCCCAAGUGGAGGAGUUCAAGUACCUAGGAGUCUUGUUCAUGAGUGAGGGAAGAGUGGAUCGUGAGAUCGACAGGCGGAUCAGUGCGGCGUUUUCAGUAUUGCGGUCGUUGUACCGAUCCGUUGUGGUGAAGAAGGAGCUGAGCCGGAAGGCAAAGCUCUCAAUUUACCGGUCGAUCUAUGUUCCCAUCCUCACCUAUGGUCAUGAGCUUUGUGUCAUGACCGAAAGGAUAAGAUCACGGGUACAAGCGGCCAAAAUGAGUUUCCGCCGCCGUGUGGCGGGGCUCUCCCUUAGAGAUAGGGUGAGAAACUGCCAUCCGGGAGGAACUCAAAGUAAAGCCGCUGCUCCUUCACAUCGAGAGGAGCCAAAUGAGGUGGUUCGGGCAUCUGGUCAGGAUGCCACCCGAACACCUCCCUAGGGAGGUGUUUAGGGCAGGUCCAACCGGUAGGAGGCCACGGGGAAGACCCAGGACACGUUGGGAAGACUAUGUCUCCCGGCUGGCCUGGGAACGCCUCGGGAUCCCCCGUGAAGAGCUCGACGAAGUGGCUGGGGAGAGGGAAGUCUGGGUUUCCCUGUUUAGGCUGUUGCCCCCGCGACCCGACCUCGGAUAAGCGGAAGAAGAUGGAUGGAUGGAUGUUUUUUUUAAACAAAACAUUAAAGCUGCCAUUUUACAAUCAAAAUGUUGGGAGAAGGCUAAAAUAAACGGUUGUGGGGGUGGAAUUCGUCCAUUCAAAAUUACGACUUUUAUUCUUUCGAAGUAUUAAAGUAGUAAUGUUUAGAUAGAAAUGUCAGAAUAUCGAGAGAAUAAACUUUAAAGAGGCUGUUUGUUUUAACAUCAUCAAAACGCACAAGAACUUGUCAUUUAAAGUUGUUAGAUGUAGUAAAGUUGACAGAAAUGGUAGUGCAGCAUUCUGCAGUGUCCUCCCACUCUCCCUGACUGAGGUUGCCAGAUACGCAGCCGAAUCCGAAUCCUACUCCAAGGAGCUUCCAAUGGCAAUCGACGAGUCCUACGCUGUAGGUUUCUCUUGUUUUUCUCUGGCAAGAUGGUUUAAUUAUGCCACAUUUUACCGAUGUCGAUUAGCCAAAUGUAUUCGUAAAGUUACCACCAUCAAAAUAAUUAUAUGUAAUAAUAUAUAUCGCAUAGACCUACUUUGAUGGCAAACCAAGCCCAACAGUAAAAUUACAACAUUUUGUUCAGCAUAACCCCAUGUUGCAUCUAACCUGACGCACUGCAUUCUGCUCCAUGUACGCACAUCACCAUCUUUCAGGGCAAAGUACGAUUCCAUGAGCCAACCCACAUUACGCAAAAAUCACGUUACGCAUAAACCAUUUAGCCUACUACCAUGUCAAUAAACAAAGUACAAAAUCAUGACAUGUAAUGCAUUAUAUUGUGCCAAGCUAAUACCAACCCAUAUGUGCCUGAUGCAGAAACCGCAAUCAGCCGUGCUAAUGUCGGAAUCCAUUUCCUCAGCGUAUCGGUAUAUUGAGAAGGAAAUAGUCACUGACACUACCCAUAUCCACAUAGGUUUUAUUUUGCCCUGUCAGUUGGAUGACACAUGGACAUACAGGCUAACGGGCAUAUGUUUCCCCCAUUAGUCUGUAUGUGGAUGUGUCAUUGACCGGGCUAGCAUGCUAAGUUGCAGGAACAUACUAGCUUUGUUAAGACACGAUCAUAGACUGUAUUAGACAAUUUAGUUUACAUACCAAAUGUCCAUUUCCAUUUAUUACAAGUAAUAAGAAAAUGUAAAUGCCUUACUUACCUAUCAAGGAGGAAAUUAGCAAGUUUGGCGUCAGAUGAAAAAAUCUUCUCCACCGGCAAUCUUCUCCAUUUUUCAAAGGCAUCUCCAAUACAAAUCUUUGUUUUGUUCCUGGCUUUGUCAUGAAUAAGUUGAGAAUCGUAACGACACCUUUUAGAUUGACCACGGUCUGACAUGUUUUGUAACUUUACCAGUGGCAGUAGCCAGACGAAGAUGGCGGUGUGUAACUGGCAACCUGGAUGUAACACACUUACAGACUUUAUAAUUGGUCAAACGUUGGAGGGCGGGGCAUCGAAUGGAAAACAAUAAGAUGAGCAUAUCCCGGCUGAAGUACGGUUAUUAGUUAUAAAGGUAUUCGAAAAGAACAUGAUUUAUCAAUACCUUUUGACAUAUCAGGGCCAUUUAAUGACUUGACAUGAAAUGAUUACAAAUGGCUCCUUUAAAGUGCAACUUCUUGUAGAAUAACGACUUUAUCCACUCUUGCGAUGAUACAACUAUUUUUAGUUUAGUAAUUUUACACACACACAAAAACAACGUACAACAAAGCUGACCAUCACAAUUCUUACUAACUUUUUAAUUGAACAAAUUUUACAAAAGAUUUUGCAACUUUCACUGUUUAGCAUUCGGCUGUUAAAAAUAUUGACUUAUACAAUACGAUUUUUUUUGUUGAAAAACAAAAUAUCGAAACGUAAAUAUUAUGUUAAUGUUGGGACAAGGCGAGAAUAAACACAUGAAAUAGUUUUGGUUAACUUCAACAUGCAAUAUUUGUUUUUGGCAUUUGUCCAUUUAAAACUACAACUCCAUUCUUGCAAUAUAUAUUUUUUUCUGCUGAACAAAAGAAGUAAUAAAGUUUGAAUUUUACGAAAAAUGUUUUGCAAUAUUAACGUAAAACAAGGCUGACCAUCACUCUGUACUUGUAUUAGAUUAUUGUAUUGUAUAAAAAAUUAUCAGAAAAUUUUACAUUCGUCCAUUUAAGAUCACGACUUCUUGUUAAAACCGUUUAUUUUCUUGAUAUGACCUUUCUUUCAAAAAGUUUUUUUUUCUUUUUUUCCCAAAAUCAUUUGGAGCUAUUGCAAUAAUAAUCGCGUAUAUAAGAGGCUUAUUGUUGUACUAAAUUUUAAACGUUUAUAAAAACAUUAAUUUAACUAAAAGUACCACUUCUGCUAGAAUUAUGACUUUAUUCUCGCGAUAAUACGACUUUUCUGUUGACAAUGAAGUAUUAAAGUAGGAUUUUUACAAAAACAUUUUACUUGUGUUAGGUUAAGUCGCAAAUUUGCCAAUGGUUUAUUUAAAAGUACAACUUCUUGAAGAAUUACGCCUUCACUGUAUCGGUAUUAUUAGAGUAACUGGACACAAAAAAUGUUGGGAUAUUGUGACAAUUAACCCAUAAAAAGGCUGAUCGUUUUACUAGACAUUUGGACGCAUAAAAAAUGUUGCCAUUUGUCCUUUUAAAAAGUACAGUCCUGUAGAACUACGAGAGUUAAGCGGGAGAAGCGGUGAAAAAUUGCGGCAUUCGCCCUUUUAAAAGUGACUUAACGCAACAUUUGAACCUUAACCAAGGUUAUCGCCAUGGUGGUGUAAUGAGUCAUUUACCAGUCAGGCCUUUUCUAUGUUUGUACAGCCAGAUUGAAGAUGUCUGUGGUCUUUUAUGUCGGAACAAGCUUUGUGUCUUCAGUGUUUAGCAAUAACAGGAAGUCAUCAUGUGCCUUUUACUGUCUGACUUGGUCCCGCUUUAACUGAGCUUUAAUUUUUCUUUUCUCACCAAUCUCACGAAUAAACAUGUGGGAACUUGUGUCUUCUCAAAACCAAA